AACUCAGCCCUAACUUUUCUCUCUGCAUAAACUCAAUAAUCACUCGUUUUGAGAGAGAGAGAGAGAGAGAGAGAGAGAGAGAGAGAGAGAGAGGGAGGUUUUUCGAAAAUGCCUACUUCGAUUCAACUCCAUCGAAUCAAUCCGACGGCCAAUCCCGGCGUUGGCGCCGCCGCAACAACUAUGAACUGUCACAGAACCGCGGCAGCGGCGGUGACGGUGGCGCGGGAGAAAAGAAGCAGUAAUAUGACCUCGCUGACGGACGCGGUUUCGGUGCCGGUACCAGAGACGAUCGCGCGGCACCACGCGCACGACGUCGGACCGGAACAGUGUUGCUCCGCCGUGAUCCAGAUCAUCGACGCUCCAGUUCAUACGGUAUGGUCUGUGGUACGACGGUUCGAUAAUCCACAAGCGUACAAGCAUUUUCUGAAAAGCUGUGAUGUAAUCGACGGUGACGGUACCGUCGGCAGUCUCCGGCAAGUUCAAGUCGUCUCUGGCCUUCCCGCCGCCUCGAGCACCGAACGCCUCGAGAUUCUGGACGAUGAGAGACACGUGUUGAGUUUUCGCGUCGUAGGUGGGGACCAUCGCCUACGAAACUACCGAUCUGUUACCACACUGCACGCGAUUUCAUCAUCAUCUUCUUCUUCUUCAUCAAAUCAAAACGGAUCCAGAUCUUCAACGGUUGUGGUGGAAUCAUAUGCAGUUGAUGUACCACAAGGCAACACAAAAGAAGAAACGUGCGUGUUCGUUGAUACGAUCGUACGGUGUAAUCUUCAAUCUCUUGCACAAAUCGCUGAAAACAUGGCUAAAACUUCCUAAUUAAAUUUCAAUUUCUUCUUCUUUUAACACACACACAUUCUUGAUUUGCAUCCCUUUUUCAAUUUCUUCAUAUUUUAGGUGUUUUUUCCCCUUUCAGAAACCGAUUAUCUCCGCAGAUUUGUGUGCAAUAAUGGUUUAUAAAGGAGAUUCGUACACCGAUCGAACAUUUGUGGUUGUGUAUUGUAUAAAUUUGUUCUUCCUUUUUUGGCGUUCUUCGCUUAUAGAUAUAGAAUUCUCUCUCUGAAAUUAGGCCUGGAAUCCGCUGCCAUUUUGUAUUGAUUAUGAUCAAUGUGUUGUUGGUUUUGUAAUUAAUUAUUAUGUUGGU